UCUCUCCACAAUCUCAAACUACAAAAGCAAAGCAACCUUCCCGGCCUCGACAAAGCUAAGAGAAUCAUAACAAAAAAAAUAGAGAGAAAGUUAAAUUAUGGAGGAAGAAAGCCAAUUAAACACAGUGCCUAAAUACUUCACUCUCAAAUCGAGGCAAAAUGGUCGUUAUCUUCGUUACAUUAACGACGAUAAGACCAUGCAUGGGUUUCUCACAUUCUCUGGAACUCAUGUCGUGAGCCCUUUCGCAAAGUUUGAAGUUGAAAAGGCUAAAGAGAAAUCUAACAAGGGUCUUGUUCAUAUCAGGUGUUGUUACAACAACAAAUACUGGGUUCGAUGGUCAGAAAAAUCCAAGUACAUUGUUGCAAAGGCGAACGAACCGAAUGAAGACAGAACAAAAUUCUCAUCGACUUUGUUCGAACCCACCGUCUUCAACAACGAUCAAAAAAUCUUCCGUUUCAAACACGUGCAACUCAACCAUUACGUUGAGCUACGAUACCACAAGGCAAAACAAUUCCAAGACGCUCUGUUCGCCAAUGGCUUAGCAUUCGGAUUCGACAAGUCAGAUCUCUUUACCAUAUUCGAUUGGUCCACCCUGUUCGUACUUCCAAAACAUGUAGCAUUCAAAGGCAACAAUGGACAUUACCUCAAAGUUCAUUCCUCAGGAACCAAAUAUUUAGAGUUUUCAGGAUCCGAUGUGGGAGGUCCAAGAGUGGGAAACCAAAUCUUCACCACGGCUGAUGGACAUGUAAGGAUUAAAAACGAUUAUUUGGGGAAGUUUUGGAUACGUGAUCCGAAUUGGAUUCUUGUAAAAGCUAGUGAGAGCGAUUUUGAUGAUCCGAACAAUCUGUUUUGGCCGGUUCGGCUUGGCGAUGGCCAAGGCAUAGCGCUGCGAAACAGAGGAAAUGAUAUGUUCUGCAAGAGUCUGAGUAAAGAUGGGAAAAAUAAUUGUUUGAAUGCUGCUGUGGACAGCAUCAGCCCUGAGGCUAAGCUCCAGAUUGAAGAACUUGUUAUUUCUAGGACCAUUUAUGAUGUCAACUUUCGAGUUUUAGAUGCUCGAUUCUACAACGAGACGCCAAUAACUAUGACAUCUAAAGAGAUGGUGAACAGAAGUAGUGAACCAGAGUUGCAAAAGCUGAAACUUAGGUAUGAGGAUACGAAGUCGUCGACAUGGACAAACUCGGUGGGAAAGAAGUUAGGGAUGAAAAUGUCAAUUGAAACAGGGACUCCAGAGAUAUCAAGUCAAGAAAUAGAAGUAUCAGCUGAGUUCAAAGAGGAAUAUACAUGGGGAGAAACUAAAGAAACUAAGUCUCGAAUGGAGGUUGAGCAUCACGUCACAGUACCACCCAACAGUCGAGUGAUAGCCAAAGUUUUAUCCACUAAAGGAUUUUGUGAUAUUCCAUAUUCCUACACUCAAAGAGAUGUUCUAACCAAUGGCAAAGUUAUAAUUCAACACUUCGAUGAUGGGGUUUACAUUGGAAGCAAUUGCUAUAACUACACCUUUUCCGCAGAACAAGAAGAUCUCUGAUUCAAAACAACUAGUACUGAAUCGUCACAACUGAGAUAUAUUCCAGUGCACCGACGGAUCCCCAAUUAAUCUUGUACUAAAUAAUGAUGGUUUGAGUGUGAUUUUGUGCUAUUGUUUGUGCUUUAUGACGUGUGGUGUUGAUAAACUAUAUCUGUUCUGUGAAGCCAAUAAUAAGUGAUCCAUGCAUGUACUCAUUUCAAUUAUUCUGAGUUUGUUUACCAUUGGGAACUGUAUGUUAGAUUUAAUUUAAAUCUAAAAAAUUAUCAUUGGUGUGACUGUA